AUGUCCGGAGAAGAAACCAUUACUUUAGGUCGCUACUUAUUUGAGAGAUUAAACCAGAAACCAAUUGGCAUCAAGAAUGUCUUUGGCGUUCCAGGAGACUUUAACCUCGUGUUAUUAGAUAAAAUCCAAGAGGUAGAAGGGAUGAAUUGGGUUGGUAAUGUCAAUGAGUUGAAUGCAGGUUACGCUGCCGAUGGUUAUUCAAGAGUCAAGAAUGCAUUUUCUGCUGAUGGGUCUUCAAUUGGUUGCUUGGUUACAACUUUUGGUGUUGGCGAGCUACUGGCUGUGAAUGCGAUUGCUGGUGCUUAUUCGGAACAUGUGGGCUUGCUUCAUGUUGUUGGUAUUCCAUCGACAGAGUCACAAAAGAAGGAGUUGUUGUUGCACCACACAUUGGGAAAUGGAGAUUUUACUGUUUUCCACAAGAUCUCGUCGCUUAUUAGUGUUACUACAUCAGCCUUGAACGACUUGGCCAAUGCAACAGCUGAAAUUGAUAGAGUUAUUGAAUCAGCGUUUAUAAACCAAAGACCAACUUACCUUGCAUUUCCUUCAAACUUCUUUGAUAAAAAAGUACCAAGAAGCAAAUUGGAUAAACCUUUGAAUUUGUCGCCACCACCAAAUAAUCAUGAGGUUCAAGAAGAAGUGUUGAAUGAAAUUCUUUCAAUGAUUUCAAAAGCAAAAGAUCCUGUUAUUAUUAUUGAUGCCUGUUGUUCUAGACACAACUCUACAUUUGAGGCUAACAAAUUGAUACAGUUGACCAAUUUCAAGUUCGCCGUAACACCCAUGGCUAAAGGUUCUAGAGAUAUCGAUGAAAACGAUCCGAAAUAUGUUGGCGUUUACCUCGGUGACUUGUCAUAUCCAAAAUCAAAAGAAUUGGUUGAACAAUCGGACUUAGUCUUGUCAUUAGGUGCAGUUUUAUCUGAUUUCAAUACCGGGGCAUUCUCUUAUGCUCUUCCUACUUCCAGAGUGGUUGAGUUUCACUCCGAUUAUACUAAAAUUAGAAAUGCACAAUAUCCUGGUAUUAGAAUGAAAGAGUUGUUGCAGAAGUUACUUGAGAGUGCCAAAUUGAAGGAACUUGUGGCUAAUAACAAACCUCGUGACACUACACCAUUAGACUUGAUCCAACCAAUUAAAUUACCCGAUGAUCACAAGAUUACUCAAGCUUGGCUCUGGUCUAAUUUGAGCUCUUGGUUGAGAGAAGGUGAUGUUGUUGUAACGGAAACAGGAACCUCCAGUUUCGGAAUUGUGCAAACAAAAUACCCAAAGAAUGUGAUUGGUAUUUCACAAGUUUUGUGGGGUUCAAUUGGCUAUUCAGUAGGGGCUGCAUCAGGUGCUGUAAUUGCAGCUGAAGAACUUGACCCCUCAAGAAGAGUUAUAUUAUUUGUUGGUGAUGGAUCAUUGCAAUUAACCGUGCAAGAGAUAUCGACAAUGGCUAGACAUCAUAACAAUACCUACAUUUUUGUUUUGAACAAUAGUGGUUUCACUAUUGAGAAAUUGAUUCACGGAAGAGAGGCUGGGUAUAAUAAUAUUCAAGAAUGGGAGUACACUGACAUUUUGAAGACUUUUAAAUCUACUAAUUAUGAAGCAUUCACUGUUGGUAACGUUGGCGAGCUCUCGAAAUUGUUUAAAGAUGAAGCUUUUGCAAAAAAUGACAAAAUUAAAUUGGUAGAAGUCAAAUUAGACACUUUUGAUGCACCAGAGAAUUUAAUCAAACAAGCCGAAAUAUCGUCUAAGACCAACGACGACUAA